AUGUCUGCCCGGCGUUCUGGGAACAGAAAGAAGAACUUCUCCCCAGAGGAGAAGGCCAUCAUCCUUGCGGCCACGGAGAAGUAUGAUGAUUGCCUCCAUGGGGUACGGAGCAAGGAGACGAGCAAGGGCAGAAGGGAUGAGAUCCUUAUGAGGAUCACCAACCAGGUGAAUGCCGUAGGCAAUGAGGUGAGGAGGCCCCAGGACAUCACCAAAAAGAUGAACGAUAUGCGCAGGAGGGUGAAGGAGAAGCUGGCCAUUAUGAGGAGACAUGCCAGGGGCACUGGUGGUGGACCAGCCUCUCGCAUUUGUCUGACUCCUGAUGAGCAGGUGGUUGCCCGCUGCAUUAAUAGGGAGCAAGUUGAGGGCUACGACUCAGUUGAGCCGCCCUUGAGGACAGCUGUGCGGGACGGUGCCGGACCAUCGUAUUCCUCUUAUCCUGAGGAACCUCAGACUGUGAGGGACGGUGCCGUUUUUCCAACAGUGAAGAAGUUUUCCUGUUCUGAAUGCGAGAAAUGUUUCCCUUCUAAAUCUCUUCUUAAUGUGCAUAAAACAUCUCACACGGGGGAGAAGCCAUAUUCGUGUCCUGAGUGUGGGAAAUGUUUUUCACAGAAGUCCAAUCUUUACAAACAUCAGAGAUCUCACACGGGGGAGAAGCCGUAUUCCUGUCCUGAGUGCGGGAAAUGUUUUUCGCAGAAGUCUGAUCUUUCCACACAUCAGAGAACUCACACGGGGGAGAAACCAUUUUUCUGUCCUGAGUGCUGGAAAUGUUUUUCAAAGAAGUCCAGUCUUUCUACACAUCAGAGAUCUCACACGGGGGAGAAGCCGUUUUCCUGUCCUGAGUGCGGGAAAUGUUUUUCAAGGAAGUCCAAUCUUUACACACAUCAGAGAUCUCACACAGGGGAGAAACCAUUUUCCUGUCCUGAGUGCGGGAAAUGUUUUUCAAAAAAGUCCAGUCUUUCCACACAUCAGAGAUCUCACACAGGGGAGAAACCAUAUUCCUGUCCUGAGUGUGGGAAAUGUUUUUCAGAUAAGUUCAGUCUUUCCACACAUCAGCGAUCUCACACGGGUGAGAAGCCGUUUUCCUGUCCUGUGUGCGGGAAAUGUUAUUCAAGGAAGUCCAAUCUUUACACACAUCAGAGAUCUCACACGGGGGAGAAACCAUUUUCCUGUCCUGAGUGCGGGAAAUGUUUUUCAAAGAAGUCCAGUCUUUCCACACAUCAGAGAUCUCACACGGGGGAGAAACCAUUUUCCUGUUCUGAGUGCGGGAAAUGUUUUUCAAUGAAGUCCAGUCUUUCCACACAUCAGAGAUCUCACACGGGGGAGAAACCAUAUUCCUGUCCUGAGUGUGGGAAAUGUUUUUCAGAUAAGUCCGGUCUUUCCAAACAUCAGAGAUCUCACACGGGGGAGAAGCCGUUUUCCUGUCCUGAGUGCGGGAAAUGUUAUUCAAGGAAGUCCAAUCUUUACACCCAUCAGAGAUCUCACAUGGGGGAGAAACCAUUUUCCUGUCCUGAGUGCGGGAAAUGUUUUUCAGAGAAGUCCAGUCUUUCCACACAUCAGAGAUCUCACACGGGGGAGAAACCAUUUUCCUGUCCUGAGUGCGGGAAAUGUUUUUCAAUGAAGUCCAGUCUUUCCACACAUCAGAGAUCUCACACGGGGGAGAAGCCGUUUUCCUGUCCUGAGUGCGGGAAAUGUUUUUCAAGGAAGUCCAAUCUUUACACACAUCAGAGAUCUCACACAGGGGAGAAACCAUUUUCCUGUCCUGAGUGCGGGAAAUGUUUUUCAAAGAAGUCCAGUCUUUCCACACAUCAGAGAUCUCACACAGGGGAGAAACCAUAUUCCUGUCCUGAGUGCGGGAAAUGUUUUUCAGAGAAGUCCAGUCUUUCCACACAUCAGAGAUCUCACACGGGGGAGAAGCCAUUUUAUCUCCUUGCAGAAAGAUCUGAGGAGGAUGAUGUAACAGCUUUAGGGGAUAAGGAUGAGAAGUCGGAGGGAUUAGGGAUAUCUGAUAUUUUCUGCUUCCCAGGUUCUGAAAUUACAGAAUUCUAUGAGAAACUUUACUCAAUUAAUAAGAAUAGUUCAAAAGAAGAGGAUAUACUAAAAGAGGAAAAAAUGAAAACAUAUCUGAGAAAAGUGGAGCUAAAUAAGAUUUCAGAGGACAAAUGCAAUAAUCUCGAAAUCCCCAUAAGAGAAGAGGAAAUAAACAAAAUUAAUAGUAAUCAGUCCAAAAUAUGCUCUUACUUCAACGGGAUUGGAGAAAAGUGGGAGAUGAGGAAAGAGGCGUUAGAAGCGAUAAUAUCAACUGUGCGGGACGGUGCCGUCAUUGCAACAGAGAAGAGGCUUUCCUGUACUGAGUGUGGGAAGGGUUUUCCUUCUAAAGCCCAUCUUAAUGUCCAUAUAAGAUCUCACACAGGGGAGAAGCCGUAUUCCGGUCCUGAGUGCGGGAAAUGUUUUUCAGAGAAGUCCCAUCUUUCCACACAUCAGAAAUCUCACACGGGGGAGAAGCCGUAUUCCUGUCCUGAGUGCGGGAAAUGUUUUUCAGAUAAGUCCAGUCUUUCCAAACAUUGGAGAUCUCACACGGGGGAGAAGCCGUAUGCCUGUCCUGAGUGCGGGAAAUGUUUUUCAGAUAAGUCUACUCUUUCCAAACAUCGGAGAUCUCACACGGGGGAGAAGCCGUAUUCCUGUCCUGAGUGCGGGAAAUGUUUUUCACAGAAGUCCAAUCUUUACAGACAUCAGAGAUUUCACACGGGGGAGAAACCAUAUUCCUGUCCUGAGUGUGGGAAAUGUUUUUCAGAGAAGUCCAAUCUUUACACACAUCAGAGAUCUCACACAGGGGAGAAGCUGUAUUCCUGUCCUGAGUGUGGGAAAUGUUUUUCAUAUAAGUCCCAUCUUUACAGACAUCAGAGAUCUCACAUGGGGGAGAAGCCGUAUUCCUGUCCUGAGUGCGGGAAAUGUUUUUCGGAUAAGUCCAGUCUUUCCAAACAUUGGAGAUCUCACACGGGAGAGAAGCCGUAUUCCUGUCCUGAGUGCGGGAAAUGUUUUUCGGAUAAGUCCAGUCUUUCCAAACAUCAGAGAUCUCACACGGGGGAGAAGCCGUAUUCCUGUCCUGAGUGUGGAAAAUGUUUUUCAGAUAAGUCCAGUCUUUACACACAUCAGAGAUCUCACACGGGGGAGAAGCUGUAUACCUGUCCUGAGUGUGGGAAAUGUUUUUCAGAUAAGUCCAGUCUUUACAAACAUCGGAGAUCUCACACGGGGGAGAAGCCGUAUUCUUGUCCUGAGUGUGGGAAAUGUUUUUCAUAUAAGUCACAUCUUUCCACACAUCAGAGAUAUCACACAGGGGAGAAGCCAUAUUCCUGUCCUGAGUGUGGGAAAUGUUUUUUAGAUAAGUCCCAUCUUAACACACAUCAGAGAUCUCACACGGGGGAGAAGCCGUAUUCCUGUCCUGAGUGCGGGAAAUGUUUUUCACAGAAGCCCCAUCUUUACAUACAUCAGAGAUCUCACACAGGGGAGAAGCCGUAUUCCUGUCCUGAGUGCGGGAAAUGUUUUUCAAAUAAGUCCCAUCUUUACAGACAUCAGAGAUCUCACACGGGGGGAAGCCGAGAGAAGCCGUAUUCCUGUCCUGAGUGCGGGAAAUGUUUUUCACAGAAGUCCCAUCUCUACAAACAUCAGAGAUCUCACACGGGGCAGAAGCCGCAUUCCUGUCCUGAGUGUGGGAAAUGUUUUUCUGAGAAGUCUAGUGUUUACAGACAUCAGAGGUCUAGUCACACAGGGAGAAGCCACUUCCAUGUCCCGAGUGCGGGAAAUGUCUUCUAUACGAAUGUUGCUGGACAUCACAUUUUGUAAUGUAAGCUCUCACAAACACCUGUGAAUGUAUCCAUCUGUGAUGAAUGUUGGCCAUAUUCAUUUCAUAUAGUGAUUUCCUAUGAUCCAGCUCCAUCUAACAUCCAUAAUGUGGUAUUCCAAAUGUUUUCCUAAUUGAGAAAUCUGCGGCCAGAUGUUGUAUUGUCUGGAGAUACUUGUUGAAGGGGUGGGCUGACCAUUCGGGCUCUCUGGCACUGCCCAUGGGCCUGGGUCAGUAGGGAACACAAUGAGAGGCUCCACACGUCAUACAGGGGCAGAAUAUUUAGGUCCAUCUAAAUAAUGAUAAUAAUCGAGUGACUUGACGGUGUCUUUCCUGAAAAUGUUCCCCCAGCGGAUAAGGACCCCCCUUGUACUGCGCAGGUGUCAACUGAGCCUCCAAAAAAUGCCGAAUAUGUAGAGUUGAGAGUCAGCUCUAGAUGGCGCCUGCGCACACCAACAUCCUGGCUCAUCUCUUAAUAUACCCGUGGACAUGGGGAAUGUUAAAAAAGAGUCAGGAGGCCGAGCGAGUGCAGCGAACCGUCCAAGCGAAGCCGACUGGCCACUUGCAGCGAGGUCCAUGUCGACCUAGACCUGCUGCAAUAACUAGUUCCAUCAACAUUUUAAAAGCACCCGCCCGUCAUUGCGCAGGCGCCGUCUAGAGCUGACUCUCAGCUCUACGUUUGGCUAUUUUCCAAGCUCAGUUCACGCUUGCGCAGUACAGGGAGGGUUCAUAUACGCCGGGGGGAACUUAUUCGUCUGAACGCCGGGAAUGCUGAAGACAGUAAAGGAGGACCCUAACUACUGCUGGGAGAAACUCACCUGUGAAGUAGUGGCGGAGCGAGUCGGGGUACAGGGCUGUCGUGCCUUGCUAUUGCAGCUGGUGAUGAUGCCAGUGAUAUUAGAUGAAAUUAAAAUGCAUUGACUCCUUCA